AUGUCUGAAGAAACAAAGAGACCUGGAUCUCCAGAAAACACUGGUGCUCCUGAGUUGAAGAAACCAAAGACUUCCGCUGAAGUUGAAAGUGUACCGAGAGAAACUAGAGGUAUUGCUCAUGUUAAGAAAGAAUACAUUGUAGAUUCAAGACCAGUUGAAGUGAUUGAUGAUGAUAGUGCUGAAGCUGCAGGUGAUAGAAAUGAUGAUGGUGGUAAUGGUAAAGGUAAAGGAAAAGGAAAAGGUAAAAAACAAAGAGGCCAAAACAAAAAUAGAGAAAUCAAACAAAAUCAAGAAAAGGUUCAAUUAUGUCAAUCUUUAGUUGAUCCGGAGUUGGAAAAAGUUUGUAAAUUUGGUGCUGAGACUUGUAGAUUCACUCAUGAUCUCGGUGUUUAUCUUGAGGCAAAAGAGAAAGACAUUGAAGGUGUUUGUCCAGUGUUCAAUGCUCUUGGUUAUUGUCCUGCUGGUAUGAAGUGUCGUUUCUUACAUUCACAUUAUGAUGGAGAAGGAAAGAAAUUGAUUAAAGAUUUAACCAAGUAUGAAGAAGCUAAAUUGUCAAACCAUGAACUUAACCAUAUUACCAAUGAAGAAAAAUUAUCAUUGAUUAAAAAGAAGUUUGAUUUUCCAUUGUCUGAUGCAGUUGUUAAAAUCAUGGAUGAUAUUCAAGAAGAUAAUAAAGAUAAUGCAAACGAAUACGUUGAAACAAGAUUUUUCGCAGCAGAAAAGAAAAAAUUAGAUCUUGUUGGUAAAAAAAUUGUUUCACCAUUAACAACAGUUGGUAACCUUCCAUAUAGAAGACUUAUGAGAACAUUAGGUGCAGAUGUUACAUAUAGUGAAAUGGCCCUAACAUUACCAUUAAUUCAAGGUACAAAUUCCGAAUGGGCAUUACCUAAAGCUCACUGUUCAGAAUAUCCAGGGUUUGGUGUUCAAAUUGCAACUUCAAAACAUUGGCAAGGUGCUAAAAGCGCUGAAAUUGUUUCUAAAUUGUGUCCAUCUGUUAGUGAAUUGAAUUUGAACAGUGGGUGUCCAAUUGAUUUGCUUUAUAGACAAGGUUCAGGUAGUGGAUUAUUAGAUCAACCUGCUAGACUAAUUAGAAUUUUGAAUUCAAUGAACUAUUGUUCUGGUGAGAUUCCAACUACUGUCAAAAUCAGAAUGGGUACAAGAGAUAAUCACCCAAUUGCUCAUAAUUUAGUUAAAAGAUUAGUUAAAGAAACUCAAACUGCUGCUAUUACAUUACAUGGUAGAUCACGUCAACAACGUUAUACUAAAGAGGCUAAUUGGGAUUACAUUGCAGAAGUUGGUCAAGUUUUGAAAGAAACUGAACAAGAAUUAGAAGAUGAUAAAGAUCGUAGAGAUUUCCAAAAAAUCAAUUUUGUUGGGAACGGUGAUUGUUAUAAUUUUAAUGAUUGGUAUAAAGCUGUGGAAAAUCCAUAUAUUGAUAGUGUUAUGGUUGCUCGUGGUGCAUUAAUUAAGCCAUGGAUCUUUGAAGAAAUUGAAGCUCAACAAUAUUUAGAUAAAUCUUCAAUAGAAAGAUUAGAAAUUGUUAAAACUUAUGCAGAUUUUGCAAUGCAACAUUGGGGUACUGAUGAAUAUGGUAUUGCAUUGUCAAGAAGAUUCUUGUGUGAAUUUUUAUCAUUCUUUCAUAGAUACAUUCCUUAUGGAAUUUUGGAAAAAUAUCCAAUCAAAUUAAAUGAAAGACCAGAAAAUUGGAAAGGUAGAGAUGAUUUAGAAACUUUAUUAGGUAGUAAUGAUUAUAAAGAUUGGAUAAAGAUUUCAGAAAUGUUCUUAGGUCCAGCUGGUGAAAAUUUUAACUUUACUCCAAAGCACAAGAGUAGUUCUUAUGAAAAAAAAUAG